AUGGUUGGAACGCAAAUAGAGAAGUACACAGUCCGAUUACAUGAACUAGCAAAACUGGUACCUCACAUGGUGACUCCUGAGGAGAAACGGAUAGAUCGUUACAUCUGGGGUCUGGCACCAGAAAUUCAGGGAAUGGUUACUUCAGCAAACCCAAAUACCAUUCAAAGUGCAGUAAGUCUAGAAAAUCGACUAGCCAAUGAUGUGAUAAGAACGGGAGCAUCGACAAAGGAAAACUCUAGUAGAAAAAGGAAGCCAGCAGAUCAAGGAGAGAAGAAGUAUGGAGGCAAGUUAGGGAGGAAGCAGAAAGUCUCAAGAAACUUUAUGGUAAGAGCCCAGGAGCAAGAAGCAGUGAAAACUCAGGAACAGAAAGUCAUGGAAAUGCAGGAGCGAAAGCAGAGUACUAAUCACCUCCGUAACGCUUGUCCCAAAAUAAACAAGGGGCCUAGUAGCAACGAGCAAGGCCAAGCUAGGAAAAAUUUCCAAGGAAAUCAAGGUGGGCGGCCAAGAGGUGUAGCCUUUGUGAUUGGUGCAGAAGAAGCUCAUCAGAACCCUGAAGAGAUAACAGGUACGUUUCUCCUGAACAAUCAUUUUGCAUUAGUAAUAUUCGACGCGAGAGCAGAUAGGAGUUUCGUUUCUUUAAAAUUUAGACCAGUAAUCAACUUGAAAUCAAGAAAGAUGAGGAAUACUUAUGCUAUUAGACUUGCCAAUGGGUAUGAUAUUAGAGCUAAUGAAAUAAUUCCAGAUUGUACUUUCAACUUAGCUGGUAAACUCUUUAGCAUUGACCUAAUUCCCAUAGAGUUAGGUAGUUUUGAUGUAAUAGUAGGAAUGGAUUGGUUAUCCAAGAAUAGAGCGGACAUUGGUUGUUAUGAGAAAGUCAUUAGGUUACCUCUCCCCAAUGAUGAAAUCCUUAUCAUAUACGGUGAGAAGCCAGGAAGAAAUUUAAACAUUGUGUCAAGCAUGAAGAUUCACAAGUACCUGAAGAAGAAUUGUAUUGCAUUCAUGGUCCAUGUGGUAGAAAGAGAAUCUGAAACUAAGCAACUCAAAGAGAUCCUGGUGGCUCAAAACUAUCCCGAAGUGUUUCAAGAGGAAUUACCCGGUCUACCCCCUCACAGGCAGGUCGAAUUUCAGAUCAACUUAAUUCCCGAAGAGGCACCGGUAGCAAAAGCACCAUAUCGCCUCGCGCCAUCUGAGAUGCAAGAACUGUCCGGACAACUUUAA